UGAUUAGGAUCCGUCCAUACUGAAACGAAACGCCUCAUACUACGUUACCUUGGUAGAGAAAGUCAACUGCUUCAGAUCUCCAGAAAUUCAAUUUCCUAAAAUAUAAUAAAAACUUAACUGCUGACCAAACUCGUCUCACGAUCUCUCAGAUUUUUCCACAACCUUUCGUCUCUUUGAACUUUUCACGACUCGAAAAUGGCGGAAACGAUCGGCUCAGAGAUGUCUGACAAAUCCGCCAAAAUCUUCGUCGCUGGCCACCGCGGCCUAGUCGGAUCCGCCAUCGUCCGCAAGCUCCAUCAACUAGGCUACACAAACCUCCUCCUCCGAACGCACGCCGAGCUCGAUCUCACCCGCCAAGCCGACGUCGAAUCCUUCUUCGCACAAGAGAAGCCAGUCCACGUCAUCCUCGCCGCAGCCAAGGUCGGCGGGAUCCACGCCAACAACACCUACCCCGCAGACUUCAUCGCCGUCAAUCUCCAGAUCCAAACCAACGUGAUCCACUCCGCUUACCUCCACGGCGUCAAGAAGCUCCUCUUCCUCGGAUCCUCCUGCAUCUACCCCAAGUUCGCUCCCCAGCCCAUCCCCGAAUCGGCUCUCUUAACCGGCCCGCUCGAACCGACCAACGAGUGGUACGCGAUCGCGAAGAUCGCGGGGAUCAAGACCUGCCAGGCGUAUAGGAUACAAUACAAAUGGGACGCGAUCUCGGGGAUGCCGACGAAUCUGUACGGACCUAACGAUAAUUUUCACCCUCAGAACUCGCACGUGUUGCCUGCGCUUAUGAGGAGGUUUCACGAGGCGAAAGUGAGUGGAGCUGAGGAGGUUGUGGUGUGGGGGAGUGGGAGUCCGUUGAGGGAGUUUUUGCACGUGGAUGAUUUGGCUGACGCGUGUGUGUUCUUGUUGGAGAGGUACAGUGGGUUGGAGCAUGUGAAUAUAGGGAGUGGGCAAGAGGUGACGAUUAAGGAGUUGGCUGAGUUGGUUAAAGAGGUUGUUGGGUUUGAAGGGAAGCUUGGGUGGGAUAGUACGAAGCCUGAUGGGACGCCGAGGAAGCUGAUGGAUAGCUCGAAGCUUGCGGCUUUGGGGUGGACGCCGAAGGUUUCUUUGAGAGAUGGGCUUCGCCAGACUUAUGAGUGGUAUUUGGAGAAUGUUUGUGCAGCCAGUAAGUGAUGUACAUGACUCACAGGUCAAUCGGCUUUGUCACUACAAGGUGAUUUAUCUAUCUUUGAGGUUUAAGAGUUGCUUCUUUUUUUUUUUUAAUCUACAUUGGGUUGUUUUCUUGUACCUGAGGAAUUACAUUAUACUCAUGUUUGAUGCAACAUAACUCCAUGAACAAGAUAUGCUGUAUUAUUUUGUUUUCUUUUAUAAAAGUAUUUGGAAAGCA